CCCGCGGACAGCUGGGACCACUCGACUUGACGCGCAGGGGAAAAAGGCGAGGCUGACGCUUUCGGCGACGGAACACUGGCGAAGUGACACAGCAUUGGCGUCAGUGUAAGUGCUGGCUUUGGUUCGUCAGUUCGUCACUGCCAAUCUUCCAUGCUGCGGCUGCCUUACUCGUAUACCGCAGGAUAGCUAUCGAAUCUUUUGGAUUUGCUCGAGUUUCUGCGCACGAAUGACUCCUGCUUUGGAAAUCUACGGCUCAGCAUCCUCACGAGAGACACCUACAUGGGUCUUCCCGCAAAGUUGCUAAAAGGGCAUAUACCCGAAGUAUCGAUACCCUACCCCCCACAAAGAUCAACACGUACCCGUGUAUCGCGGUCAAAAAGGCAACCUGUUGGCGGAUUCUCAAAUCCGCCUCUCUUACUCUGAGGUCCAGAAGUUGGACGUUGGACUGUCUUCGUCUAUAUAGAGUCCUGCGUCCCUUUGUCUCGAUUGCGUGUACUAGUCGAUUGCAGUAUGGCUUUCAAUUGACUUAGAACCUGCUAGCUUUCGAUUCUCUGCGUCAGGCAAAUACCAGGUCUCGACGAUUGAUUGGUCCAUUCGUGGCGAUUGUCGGGCUUGAAUCUUGUCUCUCGUCCCCCCGAGCGGUCUGCCAGCAGAGGAAUUCCCAUCUUUGACCAGCAGGUCUGUGGAUCUAACAACGUUGUUCCCGGCCUGUAAAUCAUCCGGAAAUCGCAAAUCUCAGGCCGUCAGUGUACAGCAAAAUCCGAGCCCAAAAGCACAACAAUACUCGUCGUCACACGUCCGGCAGCCCACCAUAUCCUUUUACAGUCCUUUUUUCCACCCAUAUAUACACAAACAGCAAGCAUUGAUCGUUGCUGUUUAGAAAGCAACCUUUCAAUCAUGCUUUUGCUUCAACAUAAUGCUCGUCUAUCAUUCUCGCAGGAAUUAUCAGACAACAAGAGCUCUCUUCUUGACGUUGAACGCCCGCGCCCUGCCUGUUCUCUCCUCGGUAAUUCGCACAUCCAAAAUUUCCCUUCGGUCUCAGCUGAUUCGAGAUAAAGCCACAAGUACCCUCCCAUUCGAUCAAAUGUCAAGUUUCUCAACUUCGACGGCCAGCCCUGGCAGUGGGCCUCCCUCUCCCAAUUCGUUCGAAUCCGACAGACACGAAUUUGCGGGUCAUCCUGUAUCAGAGAACAAUUCCGGCCUCGCAGAUCUGGUGGAUGCAAGCGUUCUCAAUGGUGGCAUCGACAUCAACCCAACAGCAGAGUCAAGCGACCAUGUCAUUCACUUAUCAAGUAUUGAACAUUGCAUGCCUCGGUCUUACAUUCGUAUCUGCCUGGCAUAUAAGGUACCCGACGAUGAUAUGCUUCCCCUGGCACUUUCAAGACUCAAUGGAUACAUCAGAAAGCUUGUAGAUGCAAAGCCAUACCUGAGUGGCUAUGUGGUGUCCGUCCAGGAGCCCAAUAAGCAAGUGGGAGCUGUUGAGAUUCACUUCUCUGACCGGGACUUUCUUGAGUUUCCAACUGUCAACAUCCGGCACCUUUCGCACGACGAAGUCCCGUACACAUAUGAAGAAAUGGAGGCUAAGGCUCUGCCUCCUAGUACGAUCAAGCCGGAACUAGUGUCGGCUCUGUCUGAAUCGGCAGAUGAAGAACGAGCACCAGUGUUCCGAGUUCAAGCAAAUGUUGUGAGAGGAGGCCUCAUCGUCUCGGUGUAUCUGCACCAUUGUAUCUCGGACGGCACAGGUAUUGGACAGCUCAUUUCCGGUAGUGUGCUCAACGACGAUUUCACCUUCCACCGAUACCUGGACAGCAAAGGCCAUGAGACCCCAAGUCUGUCCAGAAGAUUGAACGCAUUUGCACACCAUAAAAGCAUCGUCAGACAGGAAUUGUCGUACAGCUCCGCAAAUCAGAUUAAUGACCGACGGUUGAAAUGCAAGGUCGUCAAGCAAAGGUCGGAAAUCAAGGGUGGUGCAAAGGUCCAAGGCCGCGGAUGUGUCGUCUCUCUUCCGCUUUUAGGGCUCCAAGAACUGAGAGAAAGUCUACAGGCUGUCUCUGGCAGCGACUUCUUCAGCCAAAAUGAUGCCUUGCAAGCACUGCUUUGGCACAGCAUGACCAGAGCGCGCAUUCCGUCACUGGCAACGGACAGCAAGGUCCAAGAGUCGAGUCUUCUGAUACCAGUCAAUAUCCGCAACAAGCUGAAGAAACCACUGCCGGACUCAUACUUUGGGGCAGCCAUUGACUUUGCUUCUGCAAAAAUGCCACUGUCCCACUUGGAGGGUAGCAGUGCUGCUGCACUUGCAGAAUCUGCAGUGACGAUACGCAAUGCUAUCAACGAUGUAAACGAAUCUUAUAUUCGACAGGCGAUUGCGUUGGCCCGCUACGUCGACCCCAAAAUCGACGUGCGCGAUCUCCAAGCCAGCAAUAUGGAUCGAGCCAAUGGUGCUGACAUGUAUGUCACCAGUUGGGAAAAGCUGAGUUGUUAUGAAGCAACAUUUGAAAUGGGCCUGGGUCCGCCCGAUUGGGUGCGAAAACCCUGGUCCAAAGAUCCGGGUUCCUGCAUUGUGCUCCCCCGUGAUGAGCGCAAAGAUUACCUCGAAGUUGUUAUCCAGAUGACGCAAGAGGAUAUGGCACGGUUGUUGGAGGACCAGGAGUUCAUGAAAUACAUCUCCAGAGUGCUCGAUUAGCAGCACCGGAUCGCAAACUGUUUAUGAGGGUCCAGGGUAGAUCGAUGGCGCGAUUCAGAAUAUUCUCACCUUUGGGAGUGAUGGGAAAAUACCCGGUUUUGACAUUGCAUUUUUGGAAGCAAUCAUGAUACGACAGCGACGGAGUUAGAAGGGAGGUCGAUAAGAUCUCAAGAGAUGUACAACUAUGAUGGCUGGGUGCAUGGAAAUGGCCGCAAAAUGGUAAAAUUGACAAUUGGUGGAUCAACCCGGUAGUGAUACCGAAUGGGUGGCAAUUGCUAUGUUAUUGUAAUAGAGAAUUCAUUUGUUGUUGAG